AAAUAAACACAAAGGCUAGUCGGGCAGAGUGGCCGGACAGGAGUGCCAGAGCCCCCGCGAGAUCCGAAUAUUCUGCGGCGCGCGGCGCCGUUAAAUAGGCGCCUCCCCCCGGCUGCCGGGAUGGAACUAUCCCGAAACGAGCGGACCGCGACGACGAGGAAACGGAUCUAUGAGUGAGCAGCUGAGGCGCGAGUACGAGAUCGGCGAGGAGAUCGGCCGCGGCCGCUUCGGCGUGGUCCGCCGCUGCGCCUCCCGCGCCACGGGCGAGCCCUUCGCCGUCAAGUCCGUCGACCGCUCCGCGCUCGCCGACGAUCUCGACCGCGCGCUGGCAGCGCUGGAGCCCAAGCUGGCGCGGCUGGCGGGGGCGGGGGGCGCCAACCCGGGCGUCGUGCAGGUGCGCGCCGUGUACGAGGACGAGGCCUGGACGCACACCGUCAUGGACCUCUGCACGGGGCCCGACCUGCUGGACUGGGUCCGCCUCCGCCGCGGCGCGCCCGUGCCGGAGCCCGCCGCGGCCCGUGUCGUGGCGCAGCUCGCCGAGGCGCUCGCGGGAUGCCACCGCGCCGGGGUGGUCCACCGCGACGUCAAGCCCGACAACGUGCUCCUCGACCUCGGCGGCCCCGCCGGCGAGGAGGAGGAGGCGGAGGCUGCGCCCCCACCGCGGGUGCGGCUCGCGGACUUCGGCUCCGCCGCGUGGCUCGGCGGCGGGCGGGACGCCGCCGAGGGGCUCGUGGGCACCCCGCACUACGUGGCGCCCGAGGUGGUGGCGGGCGGCGAGUACGGCGAGAAGGUGGACGUGUGGAGCGCCGGGGUGGUGGCGUACGCGCUGCUGUCCGGCGGCGCGCUGCCGUUCGGCGGCGAGACCCCCGCGGAGGUGUUCGCAGCCGUGCUGAGGGGCGGCCUCAGGUUCCCGCCCGCGCUGUUCGCCGGGGUGUCCCCGGCGGCCAAGGACCUGAUGCGGCGCAUGUUGUGCCGCGACGUCUCCAGAAGGCUCUCCGCCGAGCAGGUCCUCCGGCACCCGUGGAUCCAGAGCGGAGGGGGCGGCCGGGAGGCGGUGCAGCCGACCUGAAUCCACGCCGAAGCCGACACGGAUCGGUGAGUGCUCGCCGGUGGCCGACGAGUUUUGUCCAUAUCGAUCGACGUCUUUGUAUAUCCAAGUACGCGACCGCGGCGAGGAGCGGUGCGGAGAGCGUCGCUUCGCUUCGCGGCCCCGGAGGGGAGUGUGGUGACGGUGGUGGGUUUCACCUGGGCCGUUUUUUCUCUUUUGCUUUUGGGCCUUCUUUUCCGGCCGCCCUCUUUGUUUGGGAAAGAGGGAGCACCGAGCAGUUUUAAGAAUGUGAUGUGAUGAUGUGUGUACGAAUGUCUAACCGCGCAUGUGCAAAUGAAUGAUAAGUGCUAUUAGUAGAUUUCUCCAUAA